AUGUAUUUUAAGGGGUGUGGAGUUUUGUCUCUCCAAUCAGAGCUAAUCUCUUCUUGGCCUCUAUCCAACACCACACCCUCUAGAGGUUCAGAGUGCACAUGCUCACACACAGAACCAGGAAGUGAGUGCGGCAAAAUGGCAGAAGCUAUGGACUCGAUCAGUUGUUCGAUUUGUCUGGAUACACAGAAGGAUCCAGUGACUAUUCCCUGUGGGCACAGCUACUGCAUGGGCUGUAUGAAAGGUUACUGGGAUCAGGAUAAUCAGAAGGGUGUCUACAGCUGCCCACUGUGCAAGGAAAGCUUUUUUCCUCGACCAGUUCUGAGGAAAAACACUCUGCUGGCUGAAUUAGUGGAAAAACUGAAGGAAAGACUUGAAGUUGCUUCUCCAGUUCACUAUUAUGCUGGAUCUGGAGAUGUGGAGUGUGACUUCUGCACUGGGAGAAAACUCAAAGCCGUCAUGUCCUGUCUGGGGUGUCUGGCCUCUUACUGUGAGACUCACCUCCAGCCUCACCAUGAAUCUCCUGCUUUCAAGAAGCACAAGCUGAUCAAAGCCUCCACACAACUACAAGAGAAGAUCUGCUCUCGUCAUGACAAACUGUUAGAGGUUUACUGCCGCACCCAUCAGCAGUUUAUCUGUUAUCAGUGUUUAUUAGAUGAACAUAAAGGCCACGAUACAGUCUCAGUUGCAGCAGAAAGGACUGAGAAACAAAGGCAGUUGGAGAACAAAAGGCAGAAAUCCCAGCAGAGAAUCCAGAAGAGAGAGAAGGAGAUGCAGGAGGUGAGACAGUCUACGAAGUCACUCAAGUUCUCUGUUCAGGCAGCGAUAGAGGACACUGAGAGGAUAUUUACUGAGCUGAUGCGCUCCAUUGAACGAAGUUGCUCUAAGGUGAAGGAGUUGAUCAGAGCCCAGGAGAAGAUGCAAGUGAUUCUGGCUGAAGAACUCCUGGAGCAAUUGAAGCAGGAGGUCGCUGAGUUGAGGAGGAGAGACGCUGAGUUGGAGCAGCUCUCAAACACAGAGGAUCAUAUCCAUUUCCUCCAGAGUUUCAAGUCUCUCUCUGACCCUCCUGGAUCUGAGAUCAUCACUGUCAACCAAAGCAUCUCCUUUGAGGGUGUAAAGACAUUACUCUCUGGGCUGAAAAAGCAACUAGAAGAUGUAUUUAAGAAGGAAAUGACCAAGGUACCUGGACUGGAUCAGCUUACAUUGGAUCCCAACACAGUACAUAACCGUCUGUGUCUAUCUGAGGGGAACAGAAAGGUGACAUGGAGUUCUAGGUUCCAGUCCUAUCCUGACCAUCCAGACAGAUUUACCUCACACCAACAGGUCCUAUGUAGCAAGGGUCUGUCUGGAGCCUGCUACUGGGAGGUUGAGUGGAGAGGGUUUGAGGUUUAUAUAGCUGUCUCAUAUAAAGGCAUCAGCAGGAAAUGCGGAGAGGAGUGUUUGUUUGGACAGAAUGAUCAAUCCUGGUGUUUAAUCUGCUCUCACUCGGGCUGUUCUUUCUACCACAAUGAUAAAAAGACUGUCAUACGUGUCCCCUACUCCUCCAGAGUAGGAGUGUACCUAGACCACAAGGCAGGGACUCUGUCCUUUUACAACAUCUCUGAUACGAUGAUCCUCCUCCACAGAGUCCAGACCAAAUUCACUCAGCCCCUCUAUCCUGGGCUUGGAUUUCAGCAUGGGAUCCAUUUUGGUUUUGGACCAUCUGUUAAGAUACUUUCAUUGACACAGAAAGGAACUUUGAAAUAACUAUAUGUAGACAUGAUUACAGUAAUUGCAUACAGAUGUAGGAUCUUAAUUUGAGCCCAGUUUGCUACAUCAGGAAGAAAAAAAACUCCAGCAACAGGAAAUUAUCAUUUUUAUGUGGAUUAAAUAAUGGAGAUUUUUGUUCGGGUUGAUCAAUUUUUCGUAAGGGAAAAUCAAGUCUGAAAUUUCAAAGUGGAAAUUUCAAACUUCAGAAGCCUUUUUAAACCGCAAGUUAAAUUCCCUCCAUUGCAGGAAAGUUAUCCUUUCAACAGAGGGAUCAAAUUAAGAUCCUACAUAUGUAAUGAUCUGAAAAAAUAUAUACUUUACAACUAGAAAGGUUAAAUGUCCUAAAGAAAAUGUGUGUGCUUGCUUCAGCCGUCUACAAAUAUUUAUUAUGGAAGUAGGAGGUGUGUUAGAUGUAGAAUUUAAGAUGAACAGAAACUGAAGCAGUUUAAUAAUAGCCUAGUAUGGAUAGGUCUGAUUUCUUUAGUAGACUAUAUAAGUAAAAUCUAUGUAAGCUAUGUUAGUAAAAGUAUUUUUCAUUUUAGUGAAAGAAGAUGUUGUUGUUGUAGAUGGUAGACAAUAGCAUACAGCAUCUAUAGUCCAAGGAGUAGAUAAAUAUGAUAAGAUUUUUAGCUCGAAUGUGGCCAUUACGAACCCAUUAAUGUGCAUAGGGGUGUGGCCUGACAAAUGUAUUCUUGUAAAUCAGACAGAUUUGACAUGUACCUAUAUAGCUAUCAGUUGGAAAGACUGACUUUCUUCAUUGUUUUCAAUCCAUUAGCCAAAUAAAACGUGUUUAUUACUAUU